AUGAAGUCCACUCUUUCAACUCUUUUGGCCGCCCAGGCUCUAUUCAAUACCGCAUGGUCGAUUGCGCUUCCCAGUCGAGAGGUUGUCGCCCCUAGCCCGGCUCUUCUCCGUCCUGUGAAACGACAAGCUUCUGUGCCUGCGACCCCUCUUGGCCCUGCCAAGUUCACUCCCAAGACCAAUGUUACACUUGAAUACGAAGGUCUUAAUGCCACCAAUGCUUUCGUUCACGCCGAGAUGAAACAGCCCUCGGUUCUUCUCGAGCAUAUCGAAACUAUCUCUGAUAUCACCUGUUCCGACACCGGUAUCGUGCUAAAGUUUAGCGCAACCGAAGACUACAACACUUGCCUGAGCGCUUGGCCCUCCAAGAACUUUAUUAUGGUUACCAACCACAACGGUACCUGUGAUAGUGAACACGAGCGUGGCAUUUAUGUCGUUGAAGGGUACACCUUUGACAACACCACGCUAACCCUGACCGCUUCCUCCACCCGAGUCCAGAUUCGUGACCAGCUUAACGACGCCAUCAUCGAUUUCAAGCAUACUGGUACUGCUACUACCAAGAGAGAUCUUUCUGGAACGAUUUCUGCGGAUCUCUCAGGCUCUACGCUUAUUGCUACCGACCCUUUGACCAUCGUCGCCAACGAAGCCAAGUUUGAGAGCACCAUCAACCUGAGCGGCCAUGUUCACUACAACUUCUGGAAGUUCAAGGUCGACGAACUUUACAUCGAUUUUGACUACUCUUCCGCUUUGAACCUCAACAUCUCUAGCAUUGUCAACGCCGAGUACUCUACCGACGUAUACAACUACAACCCUCUGUCUGUUUCCGUCUCCGCUUUCUCCAUCCCUGGCAUCAUUGACGUCGGUCCCAUGGUCGACUUUGGUCUCGGCAUCGAAUUCGCUGCUUCUGGAUCCGUCAAGGCCUCUGUCGAUGUCGUCAGCACGAUUCCCGAGGCCACCGUCCACCUGGAUUUCCUCGACAAGACCAAGACCGUUGCCUCUGGGUGGGAAGCUCAGACCAAUGUUUCCACCGACAUCAGCGCUCAGGUUGAACUUCAGUUGAACCCUUUUGCCGACCUGACUGUCGCUCUCGGUGUCAACCUCUUCAGCGGUCUUCUGGACAUGUCUGCUGGUGUCGAGGCCAAGCCUCAAAUCGUCAACGCUUUUGCAGUCAACGUUGAUUUCACCUACCAGAGUUCUAGCGGUGUCGUGUUCACCAAGCCUAGUGCUGAACAAUGCAUCAACGGUGCGUGGUUUGCCAGCGCUUUCCACUUCAACGUCGAUGCCUUUGUUACGCAGUUCUACACCAAGUCUCUGUACGAGGUGGAGCUGCCGAUCUACAAGUCUCAGUGCUGGAACUUUGUCAAAUAA